AUAAUGAGAUCGGCGUUAUCCGCCCCCAGCCAUGGCAACACCCUGCCUGAACCCUGACAACUUGACACCAGAUUCUGAGGAAAAUUGGAAAUUUUAGUUACAUCUGCGGCUGAAAAAUAUUCCUGCAGGAGUUGUGUGCACUAUUAUGGAUUUUGGGUGGUGCGCUGCACAUGAGCAGGAAGGCACCUGUGCUACUGUUGAGUACUUCAUUAAUGCACCUGUCAGUAAGGAAACAGUCUCCUUUGAAGUUCAGGUACAGCCAGUAUUUGCCGUUACGUACCUCUGAAUGACUUGAGUUCUGUCACUCGCCAGGAUUUAACAGUUGUUGUUGGACUGUUCAAAUAUACCUUCGAGUCUUAUAGCUAUGAAGACAUGUGAAUCAUAUUUUAUUUCUGCAGUUGAGUCUCAGUUGAAAUAUGACACUGAGAAUAUGACUGAUACACAAUCUUCCACUGAGCUCCCAAUAAGCUCAUGUGCUGACAAUUUUUUAUGGAAAACCCCCAACUGUGUACCUGAGAUUGAAGAUGGUAAUCUGAAUCAAGUGAACAAUAAUGGAAGACCCCCAGUAAUCUGUGCUAAUCAACCUCAUAAUAGACCUGCCAACCAAACUAUAGUCUUAGACACAGAUAAAACUGGCAAGAAAGAAACCAAAAUGAGCAACUGUACCAGUAUUAAAGAUGAAGAAAAUACAUCUGACGACAUAGAAGAUCUGCUUUCUAUGAAAGUAUCAAAGGAUUACAUUAAUUGUGUAUGGACAAAUGAACCCCAAAGUAGUAACACAUCUAAUGUACAAAGGCCUCCUGAAAAACUAGUCAUUCCAGAUGCAACUGCAUCAUCAGAAGAUGCUGAUUCUAGUGUACCUCCAGCUAAACACCAAUCAAAAAUACCAGAUAAGAAAGUUAAUUCCAAGACUUUGAAAAAGAAGAAGAAAAUAAUAAUCUCUGAAGGGGAUGCUGUUGCACCAUUAAAAAAAGUCCCUAUGAAAGCAAGAGAUAAACUGAAUAGAAAAAUUGUCACCGUUUCUCAAAGAUCUGUUUCUAAUUCUUCAAUCCAUAACAUACCUUCCAAACUUCAUGACAAUGCCAAGAAAAUCUCUAAAAACAGUGAUAAGCCAGUUUCUCUUCAUAUGUCAAAGAUCUCUACACCAUCACCUGUUCCAACGCUGAAUAGACUACAAGACAAUGUGGAUAGUAGUCUAUUUGUUGCAUAUAAAAAUCUGGUUGUUCAGCGAUCAAUACCUCUCUACAAACCUAAACAAAAUGAUGUAAGAUUUUUUAAGGGAUCUUAUUUUGAUUGUAAGGCAUGUGGUGACAGAUUUGUCUUGGAAACCAGCCUUACAUGUCAUAUGAGAAGAAAGACUUCUAAAUUUUCAUAUAGAUGCCCAGUAUGCAAGAUUCAAUUGUUGUUUGACAAUAGGUGCAUCCUGCUACUGCACAUUAUGUCACAUGAAAUGGAUGCUGAUAAUCUACAUCCAGAAGAUCUACUUUGUUUACCUUUGAGUGAAAAUGAGAAUGAAUGUGAAGCUGUGUUCAGGCAUACGUCAUCUAACUCUUAUAAAUGUCCAGAAUGUUUUGGACCUGUGAUUUCUCUGAAAUUGCACUUCCAGGGAGAAGAGCCGAGUGAUUUUACACCUACAAACAGACCUGCUGCUGAUUGUUCCUUAAAGUGUAAGGAAUGUGCAUAUACUCUACCUACAAAAUGUGCUCUAACUGCUCAUGAAAGAUUUCACAUGAUGAAGCCUCCACAUCUAUGUCCAGACUGUGGAGAGGUUUUCCUCAAUUCUUCAAUUUUACUAAACCAUAUGGAAGAAGAAUGCCUCCAUCAUCUGAAGUGUUCCUUGUUUGAAUGUAGUGAUUGCAAUUUUGAUUUUGCAAUUCUCUCUUCCUUCACAGAUCAUUUUGUUGAAAAACAUCUUCAAAUAUUUUUUGUGUGCCACAUAUGUGGAGAUAAAGUUGAUUCAUUAAAGCAGCUCAACAAGCAUAGGCUUAACAAGCACAAAUUAGCAGAUGUUGCACAAAAUUCUGAGACAGCUAAUCUUUGUACACGAGUGGUAUGUGACAAGUGUCCAGAUCUUAAUAUAAGUCUAGAUAUGCUUCAGGAUCAUGCUGCAUCUCACACAUCAGAUGGUAAAUCUGUUAAAACAGUGUAUCAGUGUGAGAAUUGUAAAAUAAUUUUCUCUUCUAAAACUUUUAUGCUAAAUCACAAAAAAGACUGUCCGCCUAAAGGUGAUAUAAACUGUACUGUUGUCAACCAAAAAAGUGUGUCACAAGAGCUGCUUGUUCAUGCUGUUUCUUCACCAAUGCAUGCAGUUCCUAGAGAUGUUAAUGAUUCAGUACAGAUUUUGCCUCAAAAGCCACAGCCUGCUUUGCUUCCAGGAAAUUCUAGUCCAGGUAAUGAAAUUGAUGUCAGUCCAAACAAUUGUAAAAAACCUCAAUUUAGCAAAGUGAAUCCUCUGCCCAAUAGAUCUCAAGACAUUUUAGUUUCUGAUGUUGGGUUUUCUAAACCCCCAGAAAGUCUGGAGAAAAAAGCUGUCUGCAAACUUUGUAAAAAAGUAGUUUCAGUUGUCCUAGAUACAGCGGCUCUUAAAGAACACUUUUCCACUGAGCACUUAGAUAUCUUCUUGAAUGCAGUGCAUCAAGAGGGUAACAACCGCCUUUCAUUGCAGUCUGUUUCUACAAGAUCCAAAGAAGCAGUAAGUGAAAAGGAUAAAAAAGCUGUAGAGAACUUUUUAAUCUGUUUGAGAAAUAAUGAUUUUACUAUGACUGAAACAAAAAUAGCGAAGAAAAAGGCAGGCAAGGGAUUGCAUUUUAGAAAAUCGUCCUGUGUUGGUAGAACUACACAAGCAAAGGUUAGUAGUUUUGAGUGUUACAAAUGCAUGUUUAAAAGUGAGAAUUCUGAAUCUUUUAAAACCCACAUACUUUCCCAUAAAUCUAAUCCAUCUGACUUGCAGUGUCCACAGUGUGGAUUGUGUUUCAUUGUUCGCCCACCUUUAGAAAAACAUCUAAUUGUAGGUCAUGGAAUUAAGAAUGUUAACAAGUAUUUAAUUGAUCAUGGAUUUCAGGAUCGGACUAGUGACGGUGAAGAAGACCCUGUUGAUGUAGAAAGUUUAGAAUCAGAGGAACUGCAGGAAAAUCAGUGUACUGUAUGUAGACAAAAAUUCGAGACUGCAUUUAUGCUUCAAAAACAUUUUAGAGUGCAUGGUGGAGCAUUUCUCUUAGCCAAAUUAAAAGCCAGACAAUCAAGUCAAUGACACUCUCUCUUUUUUGUUAAUCUUUUAACUUUAACUUGCAUAGUGUGGUUAAAGUUAAAUAAUUUGCAAUUAGAUUUAUUUUUGAGUAAUGUGAUCGAUCAUACUUUAUUUCAUAGAAACUAAUUUCUUCUUGUCAUUUCAGAGACUGUACUUCUGUCCCCUUGUCCACCAUAUAUAUCAUUUCAUAGUAUAAUUGUAUGUUUAUGGGCGCUGUUGGUUACCAUUCGUUUGUAAGAGCCAUAACAUGGUUAAAUUUCUCUUUGAUUACAAUAUUUCUCCAAUUCUUUACUUUGUUGUGUAUUUUAAAAUAUUGACACCAUACCUAUUAGGCCUAUAGGUACUGCACAGUUCCUUGAAACCUUACCUUAGAACUUGUGUUGUAUAUGUUACUAGUUCAAUCGGGAAAAAGGGAAUGCUCUAAGUCAAAAUUUGACGCAGGUAUUAAAUCAGAUUUUUAAAUGUUUCAUUUUUCAUUUGUUUCAAAUUUUGAUUUGGAAUUGUAUUUUGCUGUUAUCAUCAAAAAUAAACCAAAAACAGCUUGUUUA